CCACUGCAGGGCCUCUUCAGUUUACAGGAGCGAAAAAAAAAAAAAAAAAAAAGUGGGUGUUUGCUGCUCACUGGUGUUCCGGCAGCGGCAGCAGCAGCAGCAGCGGCGUCGGCGGCGGCGGCGGCGGAGAGCGCAGCUAAGUGUCCCCGAUGGCAGGCUGGAAGGACGGCUCGGUGCAGGAGAAGUAUCGGCUGGUCGUGGUCGGAGGCGGCGGUGUCGGGAAAUCAGCCCUGACUAUCCAGUUUAUUCAGUCGUACUUUGUCACCGACUAUGACCCCACGAUUGAAGACUCGUAUACCAAGCAGUGUGUGAUUGACGAAAGGGCGGCCAGGCUCGACAUCCUCGACACGGCUGGACAGGAAGAGUUUGGAGCCAUGAGAGAACAAUACAUGAGGACAGGGGAGGGCUUCCUGCUCGUCUUCUCGGUCACCGACAGGGGAAGCUUUGAAGAAAUCUAUAAAUUUCAAAGACAGAUCCUCCGAGUGAAAGACAGAGAUGAGUUCCCCAUGAUCCUCGUAGGAAAUAAAGCAGAUCUGGAGCUACAGAGACAAGUAACCCAGGAAGAGGGCCAGCAGCUAGCCAGGCAACUGAAGGUGACAUAUAUGGAAGCUUCAGCCAAAAUCCGUAUGAACGUAGAUCAGGCUUUCCACGAGCUGGUUAGAGUAAUCAGGAAAUUCCAAGAGCAGGAAUGUCCACCGUCGCCAGAACCAACAAGAAAAGAGAAAGACAAGAGCGGCUGCCAUUGUGUGAUCGUCUGAGUCGGCCUUAUCACUGUAACUCAUGCAGCUACUCUGUACCACCCCACCCACUCUGCCUGACAUCACAUCCUCAGUGGAUGACUGACCGCUGCCUUCUCCACGUGCAUGACUUCAGACAGCCUUUUCUGAGAUACUCUGACCAGGAGCUGCUGUCCCCAGGACAUCACUAUGGACAACUGACAAUGCCAAAUUUUAACACCACUCUACCUUCAGCCGUAAUCUAAAAAUCACACGAGAGAGUCCCAACACUAAACAUUGCCUUCUAAAAAUCAGCCUGACAAAUUAAUGUUUUGUACUCUGAAGGACUUCUCUUGCCUUGUAGUGACAUUUGUACUUGCUACCGAGAUUGAAUGAAAACUAUAUAUCCAGAAUGUUACUGAGUUUCUUUAGUUUCAGUGUCUGACCAGAGCAGAGAGAUUAUCUUAUUAAGCUUUGUGUAUGUUGUGCCAUAUUCACCUUUACCCCCAUGUGCUAAUCUGCUGUACAUAUGUGACAUUUGUUGUGAUUUUCAAAGUGUAUUUCUGAUGACCUAUUAAAUCACCACAGUACAGUGUGUGAGGUUGAGUUUGGUUUUACAUAAAUGAAAGUGAAUAUAUAAGUAAUGUACAUAAAUAUGAUGCCUAGACAGCCCUUAAAGCUACAAUGAUAGAACUUUUUUGGCAUUCUGCAGUGGAUUCUUUGUCUGUGGUUUCUGCUUUCAUCUCAAUUGCCAAACAUGGGAGUGUCUACUGUAUUAGAUUUUUGAAAAGUCUUAUAGAUCGAAGGAUUCUUGUCCUGUGCCAUCUCAUCAAUGUACCGAUAUUAACUGAUUUGUCUGAAUUUCUCUCCUCAAAUUCAGUCAAAAUUGGACACCACGCAUUGUUUCAGAGCUCUGAGAAGCAGUAGAUAAACUAACUGGUAGUGCUUUGUGUAUCUUUGAAACCUCACAUGAUUUCCAUAAAAAAAAAAACAAAAAAAAAAAACAAACACUGAACACCGUAUGCUCCAUGUACAACCUUUGACAAGUAAUGUAAAACAAAAUCAAUCAGCUGCGAAUCCAGAAGCUCCGCUCAGCUCAGAUCAUUCCAAUUCAGCGCAUCUUUUCUGUCAAACAUUAAGUCGACAAUAUAGAACAAAUAACUGUUAUAUCAUUCCAAUAACACAGUGGCAAUGUGUUUGUUUUGUUUCCUUGAAUUAUUUCCGUUACAUAACUUUUUUUUUCUGUCCGCUGGGGAAAAAAAAAACCAGGACAAGUGGAGGCAUUGAGAUGCACAUCGAAAAAACAGCCGCACUCCAACGGGACAUGAACUCACCGGACCUGCCGCUCUGUGGAUCAUCACCACAGACAUAAAAUACUGUUCUGCCUUCCCUCUCCACUUCUGUACUUCUGUUCAGGCAUUUAAAUGAAGUACUGCAGUUUGUUUUUUCAUAUCAUCAUCUUGUAAUAUAAACAACAGGAAAAUCAGAUGAUGGAAGUAAUGGACUUGAUUAAAUGUUUCUACUCUA